AUGUGGGAGACUAAAUUGGAAUUCUUAUUCUUUAUUUUACAGGUCACUGCCAAGACUGCCUUCCUAUUUAUUUUACCUCAGUAUAAUGUUAGCGUGCCUACACCAGACAGCGAGACCGUGCACUACCACUACGGGCCCAAGGACCUGGUCACCAUCUUGUUCUACAUCUUCAUCACCAUCAUCUUGCACGCUGUGGUUCAGGAGUACAUUUUAGACAAAAUCAGCAAAAGGCUUCAUCUCUCCAAGGUCAAACACAGCAAGUUCAACGAAUCUGGACAGCUGGUGGUCUUUCAUCUCAGCUCGGUGAUCUGGUGCUUGUACGUGGUGGUGACGGAAGGAUAUUUAACAAACCCGAGGAGCCUCUGGGAAGACUACCCACACGUGUACCUCCCCUUCCAGGUGAAGUUUUUCUACCUGUGCCAGCUGGCCUACUGGCUGCACGCACUUCCUGAGCUGUACUUCCAGAAGGUACGGAAGGAGGAAAUUCCCCGCCAGCUCCAGUAUAUCUGCCUGUACCUGCUCCACAUAGCCGGCGCGUACCUCCUCAACCUGAGCCGCCUGGGCCUGAUCUUGCUGCUGCUGCAGUACUCCACCGAGGUCCUCUUCCACAUGGCCCGGCUCUUCUACUUUGCCGAUGAGAACAACGAGAAGCUGUUUAACGCCUGGGCUGCUGUAUUCGGGGUCACCCGCCUCUUCAUCCUCACUCUCGCCGUGCUGGCCAUCGGCUUUGGACUUGCUCGCAUGGAAAACCAAGCUUUUGACCCCGAGAAAGGGAACUUCAAUACCUUACUUUGCAGGCUCUGCGUGCUGCUGCUGGUGUGUGCUGCCCAGGCCUGGCUCAUGUGGCGCUUCAUCCACUCCCAGCUGCGGCACUGGCGGGAGUACUGGAACGAGCAGAGCGCCAAGCGGAGGGCCUCCGCGGCCCCCCGGCUACCAGCAAGGCUCAUCAAGAGGGAAUCUGGUUACCACGAAAACGGAGUGGUGAAGGCCGAGAAUGGGACCUCCCCACGGACUAAGAAACUCAAGUCUCCUUAAGGCCAAAGUGCUGAGCACAGGAAUGCUCUUUGGGGGCCCAGCCUCCAUCACUGCCUCCCCUUCCUGCUCCUGACGCUCCAUCAAACAGCAGGAACCUGUCUUUAAACGGAGCUGUUCCUCCUCCUUUCUUCUUGGCUUUCUCUUACUCUUCCAUAAACCAUUCUCAAUAAAACCAAAAAUCUCCCUCUCCCUCUCCCCGGGCCACGCCCUGGCCACAGCUCUGCGCUCUGUUGGGUGUUCUGGACACCCAGGUUCUCGCUAGCUUUCUGCUGGCCGCCUUCCUCCUACACCGCUGCUGCUUUCUCUUUUUCCUCCUUUGACCGUCUUGUGCAAUUUUUCUGUGUCUUGAUUUUUACCAUGAGAGGGAGCGAAGGUCCUAGUCCUGGCCGUCCAACCCCAGCGUCGGUCCGAGGCCUGUCAACGUACAGACGCCUCGUGCGAGGAGCCUCCGCCCGGGCCGCAGCAGCCCCAGUGGUCCCGUGUGGACGGGCAGGAAGAGGGAGACGGCCUCUCGGAUCGCAGUCUCCUGGGUGCUGAUUGACUGACGAGGUGUGACUGCAGCUCUGGGCAUUGUCUCCAGGCCCCGCCGUGCCGCUGCUCCUGGUAAAUGCCGAGGCGUUUGGCUUAGGGACCUGACCGCUGGGUCCAGGAGGAUGGUGUGAACUGUGUCGGGUCCCCUGACCGAGACAGCUUGCCCGUGGCGGGUCCUGCGAUGGAAACCGGCCUGCCUCGCUCGGCCGGGGAAGCACUGCUGCAGGACAAGGCUUCCCACUCCAGAGCCAGAGCACGUGGGCUGAGUGAGCAGCAAGCAAGCUGUUCCGGAAAGUGACGGCGGGGUUGACCCCAGCCUUUCUUCAGCAGCCCUGGCUGCACUGCUUUUUCAACUGUUCACCAGCAUUCAAAACCAAAUCUGAAAGCCUUGAGACCAGCAGGCCUGUGCUGGUCUAAACCCCAGACCCGGGCAGCCCUGACGUCCUCUCUCUACCCGCAGACACACCAAGCCCCCCCUGGCCCUGGGCCCCGGGAGGGUCACCUGUGCCAUUCUCCCCCGGCCUCUCUGGUUGAGUGUUCUUCGGCAUUGGCAUUGCCGUCUGCGGAUGCUUGUUGAGCACACCUGCAGCGCUUUCGGUGGUGUGCACCAGGACAGGCUGCUCAGCUGUGCCGAGCUUUCUGUCCUGUCCCUCGCGUAGUCUGUCCCUCUCCCCCCAGGCAAGGCCCCCGUGUCCUGAUGGGCCUGUGGGGCGCCCACAGAAGGCUGAGGCUCCCAGAGGGCCAGCCUAAGAACUCCUGAGCUCUGCGGGGACAGGAGCGGGUCUUGAUGGCGCAGGAAUGUCAGUGUCAUUUGAUGGACUGGUUCUCUCUCUGGCAUCACAGUAGAAGCCAAACCUUGGGUCAUCAUCCAAAAGGGAGAGAUGGGUCUUCUCAUCGAGGCCACAACCCUUCUGUGCAUCACUUGCAUCAGAGAUCAAUUUUAAUUUCCCAGAGAAUGAGGGAUCUGUUUCCUAACACCUGUGGGCCCUCAUCUCUGUCAGAUGGCUGGGAAGGAGCAGCUCCCGUGGCUUCUGGUUACUCUUAGGAAGUAGACAGUGUUUUUGAAAACAGGCGUCUCUCCCGUCAUUCUCUGACCAUCUCUGGGCUGCAAAGCAGAACCUGGUAAAGGCCUGGUGGCUGCUGAUGGCCGGGUGUUCAGCCAGCAGCCUCCUGCGCCUGCCCCAGCAGCCGGGCGCCCUUAGGAGGGCCCCGGCCGUGCGUUCCUGCUCGAGGCUGCACUGCAGCUGAGCCCCGUUGAGCUGUGGAGUCGGGCCUUCAGCAGAUGCACGUGUGCUUGGGCUGGGGUGGUGCUGAGAGCAGGCACGUCCCGCCCACAGCAGCCUCCCGGCUGCGUGGAGGUGUUCUCAGCGUAAGUGCGUAUUCCCCAAGUGCCCUGCAGGCUCCAUGCUGUGUGCAGUGCCUCCGAGGUGAGUCCACCACCCCUGUUACCCGGCAGCUCCAGCUCCAUUUCCUAAGGCGCAGUGAUGAGAGUCAGACCUUCUCUGCCAUAAAAACCCGAGACAAGGCUAGCAUCUCACCAGCUGGGCAUCACUAGCGAUUUGAGGGGGUAAGAGGGCCACUGUGGGGAGCUUUGUCACCCCACUGGUCCCUGGCACAUUUCUUUCAGAGCAGAGCCAGGUCUUUGGCAGUUGGCCCAAACCAUGUUGCCAGGGGCUAAACACCUCAGUCCCACCUCAUCCUGUGAGCUCGCUGGGCUGGCUCGUGUUAUUCUGGUCAUUUUGGCUCUUCUUUCCGUCUUAAACACUCUCUUCUGUUCCCAGCGUACCACACCCUCUGGGGUCCUGUCAGACACCCCCACGUUGGGGAGGCCAGCUCCGCACCACCCGCCAGGGCAGGAGGGCACAGGCCAGUCUACCUCAGCAGCCGCGGCCCCUCCACCUCUCUGAGUGGCCCCAUGAGGUGGAGGUGGCCCCCAGGCAGCUGGGGGCAGGAGAGAGCAGGGAGGCCGCGCUGGUGGGAUGGAGGAUCGUGCUGCGCCCCCCUCCUUGGAGCUCCGUGAUGGGAGAGCUCUUACCACCCAGGCUGGGAGCUGCACGUGUCCCUGCUGCAGGUGGGGCAGGCCUGGGGCAGAGGCAGGCUGAGCGGGAGUGGGGGGUGGCUGCUGCUCCCUCUAGUCUGCUCUAACCCUGAGUGUCUGGGCCACCAGAGCGAAGUGGUUGCCCAGAGAACCUUUUCCAUUUGUCUGAAGUCAGAAUUUACCAACAUUUCACAGAAACCAAAACAGUCAUCUGUGCUCCAGCCUCUGCACAUGCAGCCCCUCGGACCUGGGCGCCCUGAAGCCCGGGGUGCUGUCCCAGGGCGUGUGCUGCUGGGCCUUCCUGAGGGACUUCCUCAGUCCCCUCGACCUUUGGCUAAGUGGUGAAUAAGGUAGGGGCAGAGCAUCCCCUCCCAAGAGGCCUUUGUAAUUUGAGGUGUCUGGCUGGAGGCUGGGGACUGGUUUGGAUUUCUUUCGCAGGCUUCAGCCUGCCCAGGUGGUUUCCCAGGCCUGGUGAGAGGGCAGGAAGGCCAGGGUGUGACUCCCUCCCUGCCUAAGACCUCGGCUGUGAUCGGACGUCCACUCCCGUUCUUCACAGGCCUCUGCUGUUUCUUGGAGAGGGUGUUGAGAGUCAGACAACUGUGUGGUCCUUCCCGCUCCUGCCCUCCCAGCUCACAGCCCCGUCUGUCAGGAGGCACUCUGGGCACGACUGUAGAUGUGGGUCAUUGUCGGAUGGCUUGGAGCCUAAAUAGAAUCCCUCUCCCACCUGUGCUGGCCCGUGAGGAAGGCUUUACCAACUUCUCACUCUUUACCCCCGUUUCCUCCCCAGAGGCUGAAGAGGACCUGCUUGCUGCCUCGUGUCCCCACGCCCCACAACCUUUCUAUGGAGGCCUCAGAAAAGUGCUGGCCCACUGGCUCCAGGUCGCCUGUUGGGCAGCGCAUCUGAGUUUCGUCCUCAGCAGAUUCGUUUCUGUAAGACGUGCCUUAUUUUCCGUGUGGUCCCCGCCCCCGAGCCAGGGCUCGGGCUGUUUGUCAGGAGCAGCCCAGGAACUGGCCCCGGGGCAGUCACAUGUAAAAGGGAUACUGAUUGUGAGAGUUUUGCCUCCUUUGUCUCACCCCCUUUUUCUCCCCCCCCCCCCCCCCCACCCAUUGUGUUAAGGUCUGGGGUCUAUUCCGUUUUGUUUUUGGUUUCUCGCUGGAGUUGGUUUUCAGGCCUGGGUGGUUGGGAAGCCAGGGAAGGCCCAUUGCAGGCACCUGUGCCUCCCACCUGUUCAUACCUAUUAAGGGAAGCUCAGAGGGCCAGGGCACUAAGCCCAUGUAUGUCUUUGGCCCCAACAUGGUGAGACCGGCUCUUCCAGUCUGUCUCCCGCCACCCCGCAGAUUAUAAAGAAAGGUACCCUUGCUAAAACCUCUUCUGAUCUUUUUUGCUUCCCAUUCAACCCAAAGUGUAUAUGACAAAGGUGUUUACUUUGCAGUCACGAUUAUUAACUCACAUCCCCGUUGGACAAUGGGUCUAGGUCGGCUGUUGCAGAACUUCUUCCAGCUCCUAAUUCAGUGUUACCUUGUGUUAGCAGCUACCCUCUCCCACCCCCCCAAGCCUGCCUGCCUUUCCCUUGCUCUUCCGGGUUGUGCAAUAACCCUCCCAGCCAGUGGUCGGUCCACAGGCCUUGCUGUCCCUUACAACGCCCUGCGAUUGGAAAGGGAAGGGACCCACGGGAGGGGCAGUCGUCAUCCCCUACAGAAGAACUGUUAGCCACUUUCCCUUUGUUGCUGUCAUUCCCGUGAUCCUGGGUGGGUUUCUGUGGCACCCUAGUAGAACAUUGUAGCAUCAUCUUAGAAGUCCAUAUAAUUUUUGUAUAAUCUGUUGAAAAGGAAAAUAACUAUCCUCAUGAAGGGGCAUUAAUAAGUCAGUGUCUGAGAAUAAGAUCUGGGACACCGAGGUAUCGCCAUCACUCUGCCUGGAAGCUUCGAGUUUCUUGCUCACGUGGAGAUUUUCUGAGUCAGCCACGGCUGGACAGCCCUGUUCACCUGGCAGGCGCCACCUGUGCUUGGAAGUGCCACCACUUCCUUGGGUACAGAUUCAAGUGUUUAUGGAUGAGACUAAACCUCAUUUUUCAGUUCCUCUUGUUUAAUCAACAUCUGAAGGAUAAGCUGAGGCUGCUGGUGCCCUGGGCAACUCAUAAUGCAAAUGUGGACAAAGUGUCUUUGUUUUUCUACUUUAGCCUGUUCAUGUUAUGGACCAAAUUUCAGCAAGGAACUCAAGGAAAUUUUGUGCCUGCCGUAUUUAUGCUCAUGUAAAAGGUUCUAGUUUUUUUUGUUGUUUUUUUUUGGGGGGGGGGCUUUUUACUUUCAGUGAACUUUUUUCAAAACCCUUUUUCCACUGUUUCUGUCUGGUUUGAAAACAAUUACAGUUUUGUAUGGAUUUUUUAAAUGUACAUUUUGAAAAAAAUGAUCAGCAGAUAUUUUUGAAAUAACUGAAUAAAAAGGCAUAGAAUUAUCAGUCUAA